UGAUGACACAUACUCCAGACUUGCACAUGUGAGCAUGGGGGCGUGUGCACCAAGUCAGGGAAGUGCCGAUGUCCUGCUGGAUUCACAGGAACCAACUGUCAGAUGACCUGUCCGAGACACACCUGGGGCCUGCGGUGUGCCUUCCAGUGCAGCUGUGCCAACCACGCCAUAUGCAACCCACUGACUGGGGAGUGUAAGUGUGGGUUGGGCUGGACUGGGCCAAACUGUAGCCAAGAAUGUAGUCCAGGCCGCUAUGGUCCUAAUUGUGAAAUGGACUGUUCCUGUCACCACAACGUCUCCUGUGACCGCUUUUCUGGCUGUUGCCAAUGUGGCCCUGGCCGCUAUGGCCGCUACUGUGAACUGGAGUGUCCAGUUGGGUUCUAUGGUACAUAUUGCACAGGUGUGUGUGAGUGCCAGAAUGGUGCAUCCUGCGACCCUCAAACUGGGCAGUGCCGCUGUACUCCAGGCUUUACUGGAGACAUUUGCGCUGACACCUGUCCUCCAGGGAAGUUUGGUAGUCACUGCCGUAUGGAGUGUCAGUGUGGAGAUUAUCCAUGCCACAGAGAUACGGGAGAGUGCCAGUGUCCUCCUGGCACUAAAGGGCCAAACUGUGCCAUGCCGUGUGGGCCUGGCAGGUAUGGCGGAAGCUGCAGGCAGGUGUGCGAGUGCCAUAAUGGAGGCAGCUGCCACCCUGUUACCGGUCGGUGUUCCUGCACUCCAGGCUGGCUCGGUCCCAAAUGUACCGAGGAGGAUGUUUCCUUCGUCACAACCAGUGACCAACAAGGAAGAGCCGACAUUCCUGUGGAGCUGAGCUGAAACUUCCCCCGAGAUGAAUUACUGUCCCAGUGUCAAAAAAAUAAUCCAUGUGAACAUUGUGACAAGUGGGUUUCUGGAAAUUAUCAAAAAUUGGCAGUUGUAUAUUAGUUACCUCCAAUAAAAUAUAUAAUCCUUCUAAUCCCGUAAUAUGGAUUCUGGUAAGAAAAACUAUGACAUUUUAGUGUUUUAUAUGCUGGUCCAGAUAAUGAUAAAAACAGGGAACAUAAUUUGCAUACCUUUCAUUUUUUAUGGUAAAAGUUAAAAAUAUUUGUGCUAAAAUUCCUUUCAAAAUUUAUUACUGCAGUGGACCCCCGAAUUUCGUGAUUAAUCUGUUCCAGAGAGCCUGCCGAAAGUCGAAAUUCACGAAACUCGAAACCAUUUUCCCAAUAAGAAAUAAUGGAAAUAAAAUUAAUCCAUUCCAGACACCCAAAAAUAUUAAAAUAAAAUAUUUUUUCAAAUUAAAUAAGGAUUUACAUACUGAAAGCAAUCAGAAAUCAAGUACAUGCAUAUAAAAAAUGAUAAUAUUACACUUACCUUUACUGAAGACUUCUGGGUGGAUGGAAGACGGAAGGAGGGGAUAGGAGGAAGGUGUACAUUAUUGUUUGGAAGGAGAAUCUCCUUCCAUUAGGACUUCAGGUAGCAAGUCUUUUUCUGGGGUUACUUCCCUUCUUCUUUUAAUGCCACUAGGAACAACUUGAGAGUCACUGGACCCCUGUCUCACAAAAUAUCAUUCCAGAGAGGUCUGUUUCUGGCAUUUCUUUAUGAUUUGCCUGAAGUAGGACAAGGUUUUGUCACUGAACAUGUUGCAGAUAUGGCUUGUUUCAGCAUGGUCAGGGUGAUACUUUUCAACAAAACUUUGCAACUCGUUCCACUUUGAACACAUGUCCUUAAUCACAGAAGAAGGCACCUCCUUCACUCUCUUUUCCUCCUCCUCUGAAGCAAGUUCCUCAGCUGUUCCAGUUGAAGUUCUUGCAGUUCGUCAGUGGUUAGCUUUCCCCUGUGGUCCUCCACGAACUCUUCCACAUCCCCAUCACUCACCUCCAACCCCAUGGAUUUGCCCAAUGCCACAACACCUUCCACAACAGGCAGAAGGUCGGCAGGGUCAGGGUCUGCCUCAAACCCUUCAAAAUCCCUCUGGAUCAUGUUCUUCGCUUUCUUUACCAAAGGGCUUGCACUAGCUUUCCUUGGGCCCAUGGUGACUUAUUUAGCAGUUGCAAUCACAAAAAACAAUGGAUUAUUACGUAUGAAUCCGCGGGGUGAUGGUCACGUGUUGGUAAAUACGUAAUGGCACCUUGAGCGUGAAUGGCGUGGGAGACUGGCUUUGUGUGCACGGUGAUGGGCGGACAGGUACUGGACGGUCACCGAAUCACGAGUAAUCACGAAACUUGAGGCCAAAUUUUGCCAAAAAAAAACUUUCAAAAGUCGGAUUUCAUGAAAGUCGAUACUGCCGAAACUCGAGGGUCCACUGUACAUAUAUUAUAAGGGACCAUUAACCCUUUGGGGGUUACAGACGUACUAGUAUGUCUUACGACCCAGGGUUUUUGAUGUACUAGUACGCCUAAAUUCUAGCACCCUCAAAUCUAGUGAGAGAAAGCUGGUAGGCCUACAUAUGAAAGAAUGGGUCUAUGUGGUCAGUGUGCACAGUAUAAAAACAUCCUGCAGCACACAGUGCGUAAUAAGAAAAAAAAAACUUUGACCGUGUUUUGGAUUAAAACAGCGACUUUGCACUGUAUUUUUGUAUGGUAUUUAUUGUUGUAUUCUAGUUUUCUUGGUCUCAUUUUAUGGAAUGGAAGACAUAUUACAGAAAUUGAGAUUAUUUUGACUGGUUUUACAAUGAAAAGUACCUUGAAAUUGAGCUCAAAGUAGCAGAAAUGUUCGAUUUUUACCAAAGUUCAAAAGUAAACAAAUCUUGCCAAGCGUCCAAUACACAUCAACUGACGAGUCUAAUAUUCUUUCACAAGUGCACUGAUAUUAUUUAUACCAUUUCUACAAUAAUGUGGUAGUCUGCAUAACAGUAAAUCUUAUUUUUUUUGUAAGAAUAAAAAUUCAAAGUGGAAAGCCAAAGAAAUACAAGAGGGGCCUGGGGAUGUGACUAACGAACAGAGAACUUGUUAGUUUAGUGCUAGGAAUGUCUUUCUUGUUUAUUCUGGACCCUAUUCGAAAAUUGGCAUCUUUUGAAAUUUGUGUGAAACUGGCAAAAUUGCUAAAUUCUGACCACUUUAUUGGAUAGUUGAAAUCAGUAAAUGGGUGGUUUCUUGUACUCACUCAAUAGAAAAAAUAGAAAUAGAGUUCUAGCGAAAUAGUUAUGAUUUUUGUUGACUAGUACCCUGGAAUUGGCCGAAAAUAGAGCUCAAAGUGGGCAAAAUCACUGAUGCGUAAACAUCGUUGAGACCACUAACUUUGCGAGAGCAUAAUUCCGUAAGUUUCCCAUCAAAUUUCAUACUUUUGGUGUCAUUAUGAUCGGGAAAAGAUUCUCUAUCUUUUCAUAAGAAAAAAUAAUUUUUUUUUUUUUUUUUUUGAAAUAUGGCCAACCCUGAGAACAAGUCUCUGAGAGGACCUAUCGACCCCCAAAGGGUUAAGUCCUCAGUAUCAGUCUGCCAAACUUGCAGUGGAUCCUUAUAAAAAUGAAGCAGUUUUUGGCUACAAUUAUCUGGCUAUCAGCAUUAGAUCACAGUUCUCACCAGCUAAUGAUGUCACAAUGUAUGUCAUAAUGAGUGCCUGUACCUUAAUUCCAGUUUUACCACAUUUUUCUGGGUAUUAUAGUCUACAUGGGAGUGUCACAGGAGAUGAGAGGUCAUGAUGUAGAGCUGUUGGUUAACGUAAUUCUGACAACUUUUACUGGUAGUAGUUAAACUAGUUAAUAUACAUCUGCUGCCUCUUCCUGAUUCAUGUAUUAUGUAGUCUCUGAUUAAAAUAUUAAAAAUUCCCAUACACAGCGGAUACAGGACGGUGUAGAUUUUGUUUUGCGGAUACGCAGUACAGUGGACCAUCAACCAACAAUAUUAAUCCGUUCCAGAGAGCUUGUCGUUAGUCGAAUUUAUCGUUAGUCAAAUUAAUUUUCCCCAUAAGAAAUGAUGGAAACCCAAUUAAUCCAUUCCAGACACUCAAAAGUAUGAAAAAAAAAAUUUUCCACAUGAAAUAUACAUUUUCCUACACAGAAAAACAAGGAUACAUGCACAAUAAAUACUACAUGAAGAAUAAAUGACACUUACCUUUAUUGAAGAGUAUUGAAUGAGCGAUAAGACACUGUUUUUCUUCAACACUCUGGGAUUUUCAGAGUGAUACAUGAGUAAAGGCUUCACUUUGCAAUUCCCCCUAGCAUUACAACAAGACAUGAGAGUUAGCCUGUCUUUCAUAGGCUUGUGUCCUGGGAGUGCCUUUUCCUCCUGAGUAAUGUAGGUCCUGUUUGGCAUUUUCUUCCAGAACAGGCCUGUUUCGUCACAAUUGAACACUUGUUGGGGGAUGAAUUUUUCAGCUUCGCCAUGCCUUAUCACACUGUGUAUGCCACUACGAUUCUUAAAUCUCUCAAACAAACCUUUGCUGGUCUUAAAUUCACCAAUAUGAGCACUAGUUCCAGGCAUUUUUUCCUGUUCACCUGGGUGUUAGUCGACUGGUGUGGGUCGCAUCCUGGGGACAAUAUUAAGGACCCCAAUGGAAAUAAAUUAGACAGUCCUCGAUGACGCACUGACUUUCUUGGGUUAUCCUGGGUGGCUAACCCUCUGGGAUUAAUUGUUUCUCGGUAAUCGUUUCUCGUUAAACCACACCAACAAAGUUUUCUCUACAUCUUCGAGUAGUACAGCUGACAGUGGUACAGCAGCAGCUGAUGGUGGUGCAGCAACAGUUGAUGGUGCAGCAGCAGUUGACUGUGGUACGAUAGUACAUUUCUCACCCUUUUUAUCACAGGGUUGGCACUAGCAGCUUUCUUUGGGCCCAUGGUGGCUUAUUUAGUAGUUACAAGCUCUAAAAACAAUGGAAUACAAAAUUUAUCGAAUGUAUGCUUGCAACCGUCCGCCCUGGCUUGUAAAUAAUGGCACACUGUAGAUGAAUGGUUCAGAGAACUGACUCAGCUGAGCUGGGGCGCUCAGGACAAACGGGUGCGUUUGGGACAAAUGUUUGUUAGUCGAGUUUUUCAUCAUUGGAUGGGCCAAAUUUUUUACGCAAAAAUGCUUUGUUAGUCAAUUUUAUCAUUAGACUUUGUCUUCGUUGGCUGAGGGUCCACUGUAAUCCUGAACAAGCAAUACAAGAUGUAAAACAACUAGAGGGGGAGUUGAUUGAUAGCUCUAGACUUUUAGUCUUGCAAUCACCACAUGCGUAUCUUGCAGUGUUGCAGAUUAGCUCAGGAAAACGUUUUUUUUUUUUGGUCAGGGUGUGGGCGAAACAUCAACAGAAGAUCACAUUAUAUUACAUUGGCAUCUCUCUUUUCCAAGACCAGCCACACCAAAUUUAGACAGGGUAUGGCAUGGAGAAGACCCAGGCCAAGACCUGUCCUGACAAACCUACCUGUACCACAUAAAUUAACCAAAGUCUUCGCCAAACAUGUUUUCUGCCUACUGGAAACCAUCAACUCCUUCCAGCUAAGGUACUGAGGCAACUUUAAUAAGAAACUAAGUAUCAGUGAUGUUACUAUUCUAAAAGGAACCCACCACACACAUCACUGACUUUCUCGGCUUUUCAAAGUUUUCGUUGGACUGAACUAUUCACAAACUUUACCUGUUUAUCUUAAAACGACAACUUCCAUAGGCAGACAUAUGAGAGGGACAUGGGUUCUUCCUCAUCAGGGUUGUCUUGGUAAACAAUACAAUAAUUUAGACACAUGUGCAACUCUUGGGUAUCUUUACUGAGGAAACGUUUCACCACACAGUGGCUUCAUCAGUCCAUACA